AUGAACGCAAUGCUCUCCGGCAUCCCUGGCACAGCUGGGUACCUGGACGACAUCAUCAUCGUGGGUCGCUCCCCUGCCGAGCUGCAAGACCGAGUGUGUGCAGUACUCGAACGCGUGCCGGAGUAUGGCUUUCGCCUACGGGCCGAGAAGUGCCAAUUCUUCCUCGACUCCAUCAAGUACCUUGGAUUCGUUUUUGACGCCAAUGGUCGCCAUCCAGAUCCUGAAAACAUUCGGGCCAUCCAACGGAUGCCUGCCCCCAAGAAUGUAUCGUAACCUCGUUCGUUCCUUGGCCUGAUCAGCUACUAUAGCGCCUUCCUACCAUCGCUGCAUGACGUACGGGCCCCGCUCAACCGUCUGUUGCAGAAGGAUGCUCCUUGGUGCUGGUCCCCCGACUGUGAAAAGGCCUUCGCCCAGCUAAAGUCGAUGCUGAGUUCAGAUCUGUUGCUCACGCACUACGACCCGACGCUGCCGAUCGUUGUUGCUGCAGAUGCUUCCAACCACGGAGUUGGUGCCGUCAUCUCACAUACUUUUCCUGAUGGGUCUGAAAAGGCGAUCAUGCGUGCAUCUCGCACGCUAACCCCUGCGGAGAAGAACUAUGGGCAAAUAGAGAAAGAAGCUCUAGCCCUCGUGUUUGCCGUCAAUAAAUUUCACAAACUGUUGUACGGUCGCCACUUCACGUUGUUGACGGAUCACAAACCAUUGCUGUCUAUCUUCGCUUCGAAGAAGGGCAUCCCCGUCUACUCAGCCAGCCGACUUCAGCGAUGGGCAACCAUCCUUCUUGGCUACGACUUCAACAUUCGCUACUGUCGUACUACAGACUUUGGUCAGACUGACGCCCUUUCUCGCCUCAUCAGCAAUCAGCAGGAACCGGAGGAAGAUACCGUGAUUGCAGCUAUUCCGAUUGAGGACGGUGUGCGCCGUCAGUUAUCAGACGCCAUACGAGGUAUCCCUGUCACUGCCGCGGACAUCCGGCAUGCUACUGAAUAGGAUCCUGUCCUCCGCCAGGCCAUCACCUACGCGCAGACCUGCUGGCCAACCACUGCUCUCGCUGGCGAUCUUCGCCAGCUCUUCCUCCGUCGAGCAUCGCUAUCUGUGGUUGACUCCUGCCUCAUGUUUGCAGACCGUAUGGUGAUCCCAUCUUCCCUCCGGCCCACUGUACUACGCCAAUUCCAUGCCGCUCAUCCUGGUACCAGCCGAAUGAAGUCUAUUGCUCGCAGUUUUGCCUACUGGCCGGGUAUCGACGGCGACAUCGACAACCUGGUUCGACGCUGUUCUCGAUGUCAGCAAGCUGCCGAGAUGCCGCCUCGUCAACCUCCAAGACCCUGGCAACCACCGGAGAGGCCUUGGUCACGCGUGCAUAUCGGCUUCGCUGGCCCACUUAACGGAGUCUCCUACCUAAUCUUGGUUGACGCCUACUCGAAAUGGCCCAAGAUUGCUCCGCUGAAUCCAGCAACCGCAUCUGCCACUAUCGCCUUCCUACGACGCAUCUUUAGCCAGCAUGGCUUACCAGAAGUCCUGGCUUCAGAUAAUGGUUCUCAGUUUAUCUCGUCGACGUUUGAAGAUUUCUGCCGCCAGCACAACAUCCAGCAUCUUCGCUCCCCGCCCUACCAUCCUCAGUCUAACGGUCAGGCGGAGCGUUUUGUCGACACGUUUAAGAGAGCCCUCUUGAAAGCUCGUGGGGAGGAGAUCACGGACGAGAUAGUCCAGGCGUUCCUGUUUUCAUACAGGACGACACCGAACCCGGCGUCCCCUGGUGGUGUUUCUCCUGCCGAAGCGUUGAUGGGCCGAAAACUGCGUACAACGUUUCAUACCCUCGUCCCUACCGGUGCGCAGCCCGCGCAGACUUCUCCAGUUUCUCGCAGCAAGCUCUCCAUCGGAACACCUGUCUUCGUUCGUGAUUAUCGAGCGGGGUUACCAGACUGGAUUGAAGCAACCGUAGUAUCGCACAGAGGCAGUAUGUUGUUUGACGUCGACGUUGGUGAUGACAUCUGGGUUCGCCACCACAACCAGAUCCGACGGCGACAUUGCAGUAACACAACUGGGCUCGAUUUGGCGCCGUCACUCUCUCUCUCUCGACAUCCUACUGGAUACCUUCGCCAUUCCGACAGAUCAGUCGGUUCCCGAACCCACUUCUGCGCCCCUUUCGGAUAUACCAUCUUCGGUAUCAGUUACCGCUCCCGUAUCUCCAGGCAUUAA